GUUGACAUUUCACAUUGGCGAGAAAAACACCCAACACUUAGAGGAGAAUACAUACUUACAACAGUCUAGCCCAGUCCGACCAUCAGAGAGACUGACAAAUCAUAGCUGAUAUAUGGUCAUGUUGCAAUUCCCCGUUGCAGUCUGCGUACCCCUAUUACUAGUACUUGAUGUGAGUCUCGGCUGUUCAACAGGCUGGAGUUUCUUCAGUGGUAACUGUUAUAAGUUCGUGGCUUCACAAGAUAGCUUCGUCGGAGAGCCUGUCACUGCCACGUGGAGUGAUGCUCGCAUGACAUGCCUGCGACUAGGAGGAGACUUGGCCAGCGUUCAUACUCCAGCUGAAAACGACUUCAUACGGAGAGAAUCAAGACAAGACGUGUGGAUAGGAUAUAACGAAAACCGGUCAGGACAUAAUCCCCCGCUGCAGUUCCAAUGGAGUGACGGAACAUCAACUUCCUAUGACUACAUGAACUGGGCUCACAGACAGCCGCACUACUCAACGAACGGUCACAGUAAUCAUAUGCUUGGAUGCGCAUAUCUGACGAAGGGCGUUCUCACACGUAGAAGAAGACAACAGAGUAGUGCUAACCAUGUAUACAAUCAUCCAGGCCAAUGGUAUGCCAGCAGUCAGUGUUCAACGAUUAAGAAGCAAUAUGUCUGCAAGAGACCCGCCUGUUGCUACGACAUAAGGACCGCUGUAGCUGAUCUAGUUCCAAAUUUGGAUACCAAAGUAGAAGGGACGGUCACGUUUCAACAAAACACUCUAGGUGGCCCUACUGUUGUCAGAGGAGUCAUCUCUGGACUCAAGCCUAGAUCUAAACACGGCUUCCAUAUUCAUGAAAGCAGCAAUCAAUCAAAUGGCUGUCUCAGUUAUGGUGGUCACUACAAUCCCCACUAUCAUCCUCAUGGUGGUCCAAAUGAUGGUAAUAACAGACACGUAGGAGACCUUGGGAAUAUCAUUGCUGAUGAGAACGGUGUGGCAAGUUUUACAAUACAUGAAGAAUCACUGGUGACUCUGUAUGGCCCAACCACAGUUUUGGGAAGAGGAGUUGUAGUUCAUGCUGGGGAGGAUGAUCUUGGAAAAGGUAGUAACAUUGGCAGUACCACCACAGGAAAUGCUGGCGGACGCCUAGCAUGUGGCCCCAUUAUUUGCAGAAGUUGCUUUGAUACUUUGAGUGCAGUGGCCAAUGUGAAGUCUGAUGAUGGUAAAGCCACCGGUAUCUUUACAUUCUAUCAAGUGUACCAAAUGGGUUUAACCAAACAAAUGGUUGCCUACCAGACUAUCUCUACUCAAGGUUCAUACAACCAUGCACAGUUUGUAACAAUCCAAUAUGAAGACUUCGUGAAAAAGCCCGAUGGUAAAAAGUGCAAUGCACUGUUUAUGAACAACAUGACAAAAGAGCCAGCAGACCAAGUUUCCCAUGGACAUCUCCAGGGAAGAAGUUCACAACGAUCUUUCAAUACUGUGGCAAUAACCUCCUUCAUUGGGGCAAUAGCAGUUUACAAGCUCAGCCACCGAACAGAUGAGGGGACAGAGACACAGUCAAUAACUUUGUGUGGAAUGGUAUGGCCUACCCCAUAUUCUAAAUGUGCAUGUGUGGCUCUUCAAGCUAAUAACAAACAAUGUGGAGAGCUGUGUUUUAGACAACAGACCUGUGGAGGCCCAGUCACCAUUGAAGGAAACAUUAAGGAAAGCUGUCUAUCGGCUGACAACAACGUAGCUGGGUUAAGUGGCUUAGACUAUGCCAUACCAGCAGACCAGUGUAUGGAUGCUAACUACGAUCGAAUUGUUGAAUUACCCGUACAAAGAGACAGCAAAGGAACAGCUCAAAUCUGCGGAACCUCAGUUGGAUUUUCACUAAAAGAACCAAGCUCUUUAGCAGGUCGCACGUUUUUGCUCCACGACAGUCAUGGGGAUCCAGUUUCUUGUGGAGUGACAGAGUACCGUGCAAGUUGCCCCAAAACAGAUUGUCAACACAAUCGAUAAGUGGAAAGUGACAAUACGCAAAGAAAGUAUUUGGGAAAGAACUAAAUGAGCA